ACAUCAGCCUUGCGUACUCCGUACCCUGUCCCUCGUUCUGCGACAUAGACCCAACCACGUUUCACACCUCGUCCUGUUACACCGGACCCUGCAAUUCAAGAUCCGCAAAUCUUAUCGCCUGCUCCAUCACAAUGUCAUCACCACCCUCGAUGCCCGAACCGGCGGACACAACCAUGGACGUCGACGCCGAAAUGGCAGACACCACUCAAGAAGCGUCCACCACGGCGCACAAUCCAGAAGUCUCGUCCGGCACUCUCGACAACGAAUUCACACAAUCUGAAACACAGCCCGCGACACAAGCAGCGACAACGACAUCAGGCCUCGCCCACCAAAACCGCAAGGAUGUCACGCUACGAGAGUUUCUUAGCAAAAUGGACGACUAUGCGCCCAUCAUCCCCGACGCAGUCACGGCGCACUUUCUAACACUAUCUGGCCUACCUCCUCCGUCGCCAGCGGAUCCUACAGGCGCAAGCACGAAUACCACGCCUCUCCCAUUAGCAAGACUGUUAGCGCUGGCGACGCAGAAAUUCGUCGCCGAUGUCGCGGCCGAUGCCUACCAGUACAGUCGGAUCCGGGCGUCGAAUUCGGCGGCGGCAAAUAAUCCGCUGGGCAAUGCGGCGGCGGUGGGUGCGGGUGCUGGACCAGGUGGAUUUGCAGGUGCUGGUGCGGGCGCUGCUGGUGGUGCGGGUGCCGGAAAGCUACAGCAGACGACACAGUUGGGUGUGCAGAGGAGUGGGUAUGGUGGUGGUGGGCAGGGUGGAAGCGGACAGGCUAAGGCGGUGUUGACGAUGGAGGACCUCGGAAUGGCGGUGCAGGAGUAUGGGGUCAAUAUCAAGAGAGGCGAGUUCUACAGAUGAUGGCUGUUGUUGUACUUGAGAACACCUUUAAUGCAUAGCGAAUGGAGUUAAGGGAGGGCAUUCAGGCUGGGAUGAAUGUCAUGCAUGGCCUGUAUUGCAUAGUCAUAGAAGGACGAUAAAGAGCAGCCCUG